AUGGUUUUUGCUAUUUUUGGAGGUAUGAUGGGACUCGUGGAGGCCCUGAAUGGACUAGGCGUGGCUUUCACAAGUAACCCCACAGGAAACAAGCGGAAUGCAGGGAAAAUCUUGGUACUCGCAUCACUAGGUGUGCAGCUUUGUGUGAUCUGUUCAUUCUUUUUGAUGGCGACAAUCUUUUAUGUUCGCUGUGUGAAGCAUUAUAUCCGAAACAAGGCCAUUCCAGCUCUACCAUUCAUACUAUAUGUGAGUAUGUUUUUGAUCUUGAUCCGCAGCAUCUACCGAGUCAUUGAGCAUGCGGGAGACACAUCAGUGGAUCUGAAGGACCCAAAUAAGCUUCAGUCUAUGAGUUCAGUGAUGAGAUAUGAGUGGUAUUUUUAUGUCUUUGAAGCUACCACCAUAUUGCUCAACUCUCUUCUUUGGAACGUUUUUGAUGCCGGCCGAUUUCUUCCACAGAAUGCUAAGAUCUUCCUGGCAGAAGAUGGGGUGACUGAAAUGAUCAUUCCAGAAACCCCUGAAGAUCAACCACGCGUUGCUCAAAUUGGCCGCUUGAUCAUGCAGCUUAUCACUUUCGGUCUCUGGGGCCAGGUUUUCCCCCAAAAGACGACCCACAAAGAAAGCAAUUUUGAAUACCACAGUGAGCCUGAGUUGACUGAACAUCAUUAUUGUAAAGUCUAA